UUCGGAGCUUACCAUAUAUAUAUAUAUGGGUCGGAUCCUUAAGAUGGUCAAGGAUAUAAAUUUAUAUAGAAAAGGAGGCUAUUGUCAUCGGUUCUGCUUUGUUACACAUCGCACGGUAUCAAGUUGUAAUGGUAACGCCAUGUCGUAAUAGAUAGGCAAGCAUUGUUUCUCGUAAGAUUGGCUAUUGAAAGUGGCCAUGCAGAGGCUUCGUCUUGGGAAUAUGUCCAGCCUCUGACUCUCUGCUGCCCAGUCCAUCUCCUCCCUCUCUCUCUCUCUCUCUCUCGCUCUCGCUCUCGCGAACGCACAUAACGAGUUUGGAGAGGGGUUUUGGGCUGUCUCUCCUAAUGGAACUUGAAUUAGUGAAGGAGGGGUUGAAUUUUACCCACCGGAGAAAAAAAUGGCUUUUGAUUCUUGGGGCUCUUGGCGUUUCCGGUUACGGUGUUUAUCGUGUUUAUCAUUUGCCCUCUGUGGCUAGGAAGAGAAAAAGGCUGAUGAAGCUUUUUGGAGCCCUAAUUUCUAUCGCCGAACUGGUCUCCGAUUCGGCAGACACGAUCGGAAUCAUCUCCAAGGACUUGAAGGAGUUUCUACGUUCCGAUUCGGAUGAAAUGCCCAAGAGUUUGAUUCAAAUUUCAAAAAUUGCCAGGUCGAAGGAGUUCUCCGAAUCGUUGACCAGGUUAAGCGAGGCGUUUACUAUUGGGAUUUUGCGCGGUUAUAAGUCGGAGGCCAGAAACGAGAUUGAAUUGGCAACGGGUUCUUCGAGUCCGAGCUUUCCUGAUAGGGUCAUGGAGAAAAUUUUCUCUACGGCCGGGACUGGUUUUGUUUCGGUAGUGGCUGGAAGCUUUGCCAGAAACUUGGUUCUGGGUUUUUACUCCAAUGGGCAAUCAAUCAACCGGCCGAGUGGAUCUAAUUCAACGGAUACGCCUACAUGGUUGAAUGUGGUUUGCAAUGAUAAAUCCAAGGAGCUAAUAGCAGAUUGCAUUCGGGCUUUUGUAAGCACUGCAGUUGCGGUUUAUCUUGACAAAACGAUGGAUAUCAAUUUCUACGACGAGAUAUUCGAAGGAUUGACCAAUCCCCUUCACCGAAACAAAGUGAAAGACAUUUUGGUAUCUGUCUGUAAUGGGGCUGUGGAAACACUUGUGAGAACAUCUCAUCAAGUACUGACAAAUGCGAAUUCGAGCUCAAACACAAAUCCAGCAAAUUCUUCUUACUCGGUGUUUGAUCAGAGUGAGAGGGAAGGUCCAAGUGGAGCUAGAGAGGAGGAAUGUUUUGUGACGAAAGCAUCUUCAAAGCAUAUAAAAGAGGGAAGCUCAUUUCAUGAUAUUCAGAACAGUGGGUGGGUUGGUAAAGUUUCAUCAACAUUAGCAGUGCCAAGUAAUAGGAAGUUUGUGUUUGAUGUAACUGGGAGGGUGACAUUUGAAACAAUUCGAUCGCUUGUGGAGUUUAUGUUGUGGAAGCUGUUAGAUGGUUUGAAAAGAAGUGUUAAUGUAGUUCGUGAAGAGGUUGUGGACAGGGGAUUGGAAGUGAUAAGAUAUUUUGGUGCAAAGUCUUCUGUUAUUGUUACCAUAUGUCUUGCUUUGUAUUUGCAUGUCUUGGGUGGUGCCAGAGUUGUCUUGCCUGCUUGAUUCAAUGGAAGGAAGCCCCUGUUUUGAUACCGAGGAAGAUUUUGCUCAUUCAGAUUUGGGAAGGUUUGCCAUGUAUGUCCCUUCUCGUAAUUUUUCCCUCUUAUAGAAUAGAAUGAUUUUAUAAACGGUUUGUGAUUGUUUCA